AAAACUGAACUGAUUUGGCUAAACUGAAAGUGAAAAAGAUUGUGUGUAACAUCUCUAAAAUGACCCAGCUGUUGUUAGUACAUGGAUUUGCCAAGGGAACUAACCCUGAUGAACUGCUACACCUCUUGCAGACAUUGUUUGAUCAAGAUCCAAUUAAAAAUUUGUGGCUUGAUCCAUGGAAUCAUCCCAGGGCAGUUGUGGAGUUUGAGAGACAUUUUGGAAACAGUAAAUUACUUUCUUACAAGCAAAGGAAGUCUUUUAGCCUUUCAGGCCAUCAACUGUAUACUGAGAUUGAAAUGCCAACAUCUAGCGUUCUUGCAAGAACCAAUGGUGUUGUGACAAGGAGUGUUCAGGAUAAAUUAAGUUUGCUGUUUACAUCAUUGAAACAUGGUGGUAGAAAAGUUACUUGUGUUAAACAACUAGGAUUAGAAGAUUGGUUCGAAAUAUUAUUUGAUCAAGGAUGGGAGGCUGUAUUGGCUGUAUGUAAUAAGGAAUGGAUUCUGGAGACAAACAAACUUACAGUUAUCCCCUAUUUUAAUUGUUUCAUUGAACCAUAUGAGUGCCAAUAUGAAAGGCUAUUACGAAAGAUCAAUACACGAACUGCUAUUGACUCAGAACUGGCAGCUGUUGGCGAUCUUCAUAUGGAUGAUGUAUCUGUUCUGGAAAACUAUGGGUUGUCCAGAAAACAAGAACAUUACAAACAUAAAAUUAUAAAUCAAGUGGAUGAUUGUAGUUCAGAAGCUGAAAAAAAGGGAAAUGUAUUUAGUCCAGACACAAAGACAAUAUAUAUUUAUUAUGAUCUAAAUGUAAUACCUUUGAUGCUUUCAUUACUAAACUUUGAAAAAGCAUUGAAAGGAAAAAAUCUCCAUUCUUUGGUACAAGUAACUUUUGAAAGUUGUGAAGUUAAAAUUAAAGGUCCUGCUACUUUAGUGCAGAGGUUGCAUGAAGUUCUUACACCAAAACAUUAUAAGUUUACCAAGUCAAAAGUACUAAAACGAUUUCUUGCUUUAAAGAAAAUACAGCAAGAUAUUAAAAAGCAUUUUGAAAACUCUGACUGUCAUCUUGUUCUUGAAAUUUAUGAUGAUCAUCUAAGUUUAAUUGUUGUUGAUGAUAAAGGGAAUAAGGGAACAUUUCAAGAAUUCAUGUCUCAACUUGUGACAGAAAAAACUUGUUUAUAUUUAUCAAAAAGUGAUCUGGAUGAAAACAAAGAAUUGCUGGAAUACAUAGAAAAUUUUAACAAAACUAAUUCACACAGUCAGAUCUUUAAUGAAGAUGGCAAAAUUUUAUUAUUGAUUCUGUUUUAUCAAGAUCAAUUAAUAAAUUGCAUAGCCAUGGAAAUUAAGAAAGUUCUAAAUGAAAAAGUUAAAAUACAAAUUACUUUUCAGAGCAGAUUUUAUAUUUGGCUACUUGAUGCUAUGACAUUUACUAAAGCUGCCCAAAAAAUAUUCCCAGAUGUAUCAAUAGCUAUAGAUAUUGACAAUCAUGACAUUAAUUUGAAUGGUUAUGAAAGACAAAUUGAUGUCUUAAAUAAGAUUCUUGUGGAUCAGAAUGAAAAGAUAUCAUGCCAUUGUGUUGAUGAAACGCUGUUCAGUGAUGAAAAACUCCUAAUUAAGUUGAAAAAAGUUGUGGAAGAGUUAGGUUAUCAUGUUGACAUUAUUGGCAAUGAUAACCUAAAAAUUGUUAUUUGUAACAAACAUGGCAAUGUUGAUUAUUUGGAAAAACUUGUUGGAAAAUUUAUUAAGAAGAAAACCUCUUAUUCAUUUAAAAACAACACUCAUUUGGAGAAGUUAGCUGCUGACAUCAAUUCAAUGUUCCAGAGUUUCCAUGUUUUUGUUGAAGAAAAAAAAUUAAUACUAUUUGCAUUUCAAGGAUAUGAUAAAGAAAAUAUAGACAAAGUGACAGAGUUUAUUUUGUCACAAAAUCUUGGGGAAUACAAUGUUACUCAACAUCAGCUAGCUCACAUAAAUGAUGAAGUGGAAAAUGAAAGUGAGCAAGGAACCAAAAUCCAAAAGUCAUUGGAUGAGGAAACUGAGACAUCUCACAAUAUGAAAUCUAUGUACAAAGUUUUUGAGUCAGAAAUUGCUUCAACUUCACAAUCUUAUAAUGACCAGAUAUCUCUUGAGCUAAUUGAUCCAAGAGCUGGACAACAAGGUCAUCAUGCAAAGAAUACAGAAUCAACUGAUAUUUUUAAAAACAUAGAAAAACUGACUUUACAAGAUGUGACUGCAGAAACUUUUGAAAAAUCUACCAUCAUUCAUUAUGAGCAAAGUGUAAUACCUUGGAUUCUAAAACAUUUAAACAUUGAAAAAGCUUUGAAAGAAACUAAAUUUCCUUGUAAGGUAGAAGUAACAUCUACAUCCAUUAACAUUGAAGGGUCUGGAUCUUUUGUAAAGAAAAUGCAUAAAAUAUUAUCAGAAAAAACAUUUAAGUCUACUAAGUUAUCUGAAACUUGUAAAAGAUUUCUUGGUUUAAAGAAAACACAACAAGCGAUAAAAAAAUGUAUUAAAAUUUCUGGCAUUCACCUUGUUCUUGAUGAAGCUGGUGAGGACAUAAAGCUGAUUGUUAUAGAUAACCAAGGAAAUAAGUGUACUGUUCAAGAAUUUAUAUCCCAGCUUGUCAGAGAAAAAAAUUGUUUAUCAAGCAAAAAUCUGAUUAGGAAUAAAGAGUUAUUGGAAUACAUUGAAAAUUUUAACAGCACAAACCCACAUGGUCAGAUUUUUAUUGAAGAUGGCAAUGUUUUACUACUGUCUUUGUUCUACCAGUCUAAGCUCAUGGAUUCUGUAGCCAGUGAGAUUCAGAAGUUUUCAACAACAAAUGUCAGUGAUAAAAAAAAACCUUUUAAUUAA